AUGACCUGUGGAUCGGCUUGCUUUAGCUCCCGCAGUGGAGUCCGCAAUUCCAGCUCCUGUGUGACCACUCAAAGGUACUGUCCUGGUCGCACCUUCAGCUGCGUCUCGGCCGGCGGACCCAGGCCCAGCCGCUGCUGCGUCACGGCUGCUCCUUACCGCGGUGUCUCCUGCUACCGUGGUCUCACCGGGGGCUUCAGCAGUCGCAGUGUCUGCGGGGGCUCCCGUGCUGGUUUCAGCAGCCGCAGCUUUGGGUACCGCUCUGGCGGCCCUAGCCCUCCCUGCAUCACCUCCGUGUCAGUCAACCAGAGCCUCCUCAAGCCCCUCAACCUGGAGAUCGACCCCAAUGCACAACGCGUAAAGAACCAGGAGAAGGAGCAGAUCAAGAGCCUCAACAGCAAGUUUGCUGCCUUCAUUGACAAGGUGCGCUUCCUGGAGCAGCAGAACAAGCUGCUGGAGACCAAGUGGCAAUUCUACCAGAACCAGCGCUGCUGCGAGAGCAACCUGGAGCCCCUGUUCAAUGGCUACAUCGAGACGCUGAGGCGGGAGGCUGAGCGUGUGGAGGCCGACAACGGGAGGCUGGCCUCAGAGCUCAACCAUGUGCAGGAGGUGCUGGAGGGCUACAAGAAGAAGUAUGAAGAGGAGGUCACCCUGAAGACCACGGCAGAGAAUGAGUUUGUCAAAAUCAAGCAGGAGGUUAACCAUGUCUAUGUGCGCAAGGGAGAUCUGGAGGCCAACGCACACAGCCUGGUAGAGGAGGUGGGCUUCCUGAAGACCCUGUAUGAAGAGGAGUUGAGAGUCAUUCAAGCCCACAUCUCAGACACCUCAGUCAUCGUCAAGAUGGACAAUAGCAGGUACCUGAACAUGGACAGCAUUGUCGCCGAGAUCAAGGCUCACUAUGAUGAAAUCGCCAGCCGCAGCCGGGCUGAGGCUGAGAGCUGGUACCGCAGCAAGUAUGAAGAGAUCAAGGCCACAGUGAUUCGGCAUGGGGAGACUCUGCACCGCACCAAGGAGGAGAUCAAUGAGCUCAACCGCCUGAUCCAGAGGCUGACAGCUGAGAUUGAAAAUGCUAAGAGCCAGAACUCCAAGCUGGAGGCUGCAGUCACCCAGGCGGAGCAGCAGGGCGAGGCGGCCCUUAAUGAUGCCCGGGGCAAGCUGGCGGGGCUGGAGAAAGCCCUGCAGAAGGCCAAGCAGGACAUGGCCAGCCUGCUCAAGCAGUACCAGGAGGUGAUGAGCUCCAAGCUGGGCCUGGACAUCGAGAUCGCCACCUACAGGCGCCUGCUGGAGGGCGAGGAGCAGAGGCUGUGUGAAGGCAUCAGUGCUGUGAAUGUCAGUGUGAGCAGCUCCCGGGGUGGAGUUGUAUGUGGUGAUCUCUCAGGCACCCGUACCUGCGGCAUCAGUUCCUAUGGGGUGGGAGCCCGUGGCAGCAGCUGUAAGAAGUGUUGA